AUGCACUCUGUCCGUGCCAGCCUUGAGUCUCAACUGACCUCCUUGCGAUCGGAGCUUGGCGCACUGCGCUCUGAUGUUGAUCACCACAAGUCUGACCUUGCCUCAACACAAUCAAACCUUGAAGUUCAACGUGGUGAGCUUACCACGGCGCAAAGUGAGCUUCAAUCCCUGCGUGGAGACAUCGGCAACCUGGGCAAAUGCCUAGAGUCCCAGGGAGCAGAUCUGGGGACACUCAAGAAGAUCGUGGACAAGCAUUCAAAAGAAGUUGAAACUCUCCAAUGCGACUUAAGGUCGCAGCGCUGCGAUAUCACUGCCUUGCGAAAUGACUUGAGCUCCUGCAAGAACGACCUGGCGUCCUGCACAGUGAGCUUAAGCAGCUGCAGGACAGAUUUGGAGGGGCAACAUGCAGAAAGCGCAUCCUUGCGGUCAGACCUGGAGUCCUGCUGCUUACAGCUGAAGUCUUUGCAGUCAACCUCCGAAUCACACGGAGCAGAUUUGGGCACAUUGAGAUCCGAUGUUGACUUCAUGCGCUCCAACUUGGCCUCCCAACGCUCGGAUCAGGACAACUUGCGCUCCGAGCUGAGAUCCUUUCGAACCGACACGGACCUGAACUUCUGCAAGGCCAGCAAGGAGCGAAGUGAUUUGCAGAAGGAGCUGUCAGAGGCGCAAACGCGGCUGUCCGACCUCCAGAAGGAGCUGUUUGAGACUAAUGCCCAAGUGAAGAGUCUUGAACAGGGCCUUUCGGCGACGAACAGCCAUGUGGGUGAGGUGCACAAGGACCUUGCAGAUACAAAGAGCCAGUUGGGCGAGGUGACGAAGGAUGCAUCAAACAUGCAGGGCCAGUUGGGCAUCCUGCAGAAGGAAGUGUCGAACAAUCGGGGAACAUUGGGCACUCUCCAGAAGGAAAUGCUAGCAGCACAAAACUGCUUGGGAGAGAUAAGACAGGACGUAUUGAAAGCACAAAACGUCAUAAGGGACUUGCAAAAGGAAAGCUCAGCAACUCAAAGUCGGUUGGCUUCGAUGCAGAAGGAGACCGAGACGUUGAGGAGCCGUGAGGAGGACAUGCAAAAGGCACUGGAAGAGACACGAGCCAGCACAAGUGAGCUACGGAAGGAGACAGCAGAUGUGCAGGCGCACGUGGUGGACUUGCGCAAGGGUAUGCUGGAGGCUCAAAGCAACAUCAGUGAACUGCGCAGAGCACUGGAAGAGACACGAGCCAGCACAAGUGAGCUACGAAAGGAGACAGCAGAUGUGCAGGCGCACGUGGUGGACUUGCGCAAGGGUAUGCUGGAGGCUCAAAGCAACAUCAGUGAACUGCGCAGAGAAAUGGCCAAGAGUCGGGAAGGUCAGAUGGCUGACGUCCGUCAGGAGUUGGAGAAGACACGCACCAUAGCCGCUGAGCUACGAAAGGACCUGUCUCUGACUUUCCAGCUUGAGGUGGCAAAUCUUCACAAGGACCUGCUGCAGAAAGAAGAGGGCCUCAAUGGCGAGAUUGCAUUUGUGCAG